AUGCCAGACCCCAACCAGGGCUGGCUGAGUGAGCAGGCUUCGCGUUCCCCAGCCCCGCUGCCCCCACACCGGGCGGGGCGCCGCGCAGGGCCCCCACCCCACGGGGUUCAGUGGGCGCUGUCUCUGCUCGCGGUGCUGACGCUGCUCACCAGAACCCCGCGCUCCGGGCUCUGCCGGUUAAACCUGUGCCGGCUGCAGCCCUGUGGGAUCUGGAUUGAAGGAUCCGGGGCUGCCCUCGCGUCCUACCCGCGGUCUCCGGCCACCUGUGCGGGGCGGGAAGGAGAGGACGCCCGCCCGCCCUCCAGACGGGCCUCGGAGGCCGGGGCUGCGGUGGGGCGGCGCCUGCUCUGCCCCGCCCGCUCCAACCCGACCUCUCCCGCAGGCCGAGAUGCAGCUGCUCCUGCUCCUGCUCGUGGCCCUGCUGCUGGCCCCGGCGCCCGGGGCCUCCAGGCUCCCAAGGUGAGGCGGCAGAGUGACACCUGGGGCCCCUGGGGUGACUGGAGCCCCUGCAGCCGGACCUGCGGAGGGGGCAUCAGCUUCAGGGAGCGCUUCUGCUACUCGCAGAGGAGAGAUGGGGGCUCCAGCUGCGUGGGCCCCACUCGCAGACACCGCUUGUGCCACAUCGAGAGCUGCCCCCCAGGUGCCCGCGACUUCCGGGCAGAGCAGUGCGGGGAGUUUGACAGCCGCGAGUUCCAGGGCCGCAGGUUCCAGUGGCUGCCCUACUACGGGGCCCCGAACAAGUGUGAGCUGGCCUGCAUCCCCAAGGGGGAGAGCUUCUACUACAGGCACAGGGAGGCCGUGGUGGACGGGACGCCCUGCGAGCCUGGCAAACCGGACGUCUGUGUGGAUGGCGUCUGCCGGGCUGUGGGCUGUGACCACAAGCUCGAUUCGUCAAAGCAGGAGGACAAGUGUCUGCAGUGUGGGGGUGACGGCACGACCUGCUACCCGGUCACCGGCACCUUUGACGUCAGUGACCUCAGCAGAGGCUACAACCAGAUCCUCAUCGUUCCUGCGGGGGCCACCAGCUGGCGGCUCUGGCAGCUGAUGGGGGGCUCGCCCUGCACAGCGGUGAAGAGCAUCCAGGGGGAGUACUACCUCAACGGGCACUGGACCAUCGAGGCCGCCCGCGCCCUGCCCGUGGCCAGCACCACCCUGCACUACGAGCGGGGUGCCGAGGGGGACCUGGCACCGGAGCGGCUCCAUGCCCGCGGCCCCACCUCGGAGCCCCUGGUCAUCGAGCUCAUCAGCCAGGAGUCCAGCCCCGGUGUGCGCUAUGAGUACCACCUGCCCCUGAGCACCCGCCGGCCCGGCUUCAGCUGGAGCCACGGCUCCUGGAGCGACUGCAGUGCUGAGUGUGGCGGAGGUCACCAGUCCCGCCCCGUGUUCUGCACCAUCAACAAUGAGGUCUAUCCCGACCACAUGUGCCAGCACCAGCCACGGCCGGCGGCCCACCGCCCCUGCAGCCCUCACUCCUGCCCACAGACCCAACGCUGGAAGACAGGGCCCUGGACGCCGUGCUCGGCCUCCUGCGGAGGCGGCUCCCAGUCCCGCUCCGUCUACUGCGUCUGGUCCGACGGGGCCGGCGGCGAGGAGGCGAUGGAGGAGGUCCAGUGCGCAGGCCUGCCUGGCAAGCCCGCCACCACCCAGGCCUGCAACCUGCAGCGCUGCGCAGCCUGGCGGGAGGAGCCCUGGGGAGAGUGCUCCGUCAGCUGCGGUGCCGGCAUCCGGAGGAGGAGUGUCACUUGCCGGGGCGACGAGGGGUCUCUGCUGCAUGCCACGGCCUGCUCCUUUAAGGACCAGCCGCCGCUCACUGAGCCCUGUGUGCACGACGACUGUCCCCACCUCAGUGACCAGGCCUGGCACGUAGGCGCCUGGAGUCCAUGCUCCAAGAGCUGCAGCUCGGGCAUUCGGAGACGGCAGGUGGUGUGUGCCAUUGGGCCACCCAGCCACUGCGGGAGCCUGCAGCUGCGGAAGCCGGCAGAGGUGGAGCCCUGUAACACGCAGGCCUGCCCCCUUCCUCCGGCCGGCUCCCCAGAAGCCCCCAGCAGGCAGGACGUGCACACCAGCUUCAGGGCCCCCUGGGUGUCUUUGGGCCCUCGGGAGGCCCCCGCUUUGGAUUCCAGAGACCAGUGGUGGGCACCCCGGGAGCAGCCCUCAACUCCAGGUAACCCCAGAGGAGACCAGGGCCCCCACCUGCCAGCCCCAGGCCCAGCCUCUUCUCUGCAACCGUCCCCAGAACGGCAGCCCCUGUGGUCUGGCCCGGGGCCCCAGGACUGCAGGCACAGCCCCCACGGGUGCUUGUUGCCCUCCCUGCUGGCCGCUCAGUGGCUGGUAGGCCCGAGUCUGGGGUAUGGGUGCUGCCCUGACGGGGUGUCUGUGGCCGAGGGGCCCCAUCAAGCUGGCUGCGCAAAGUCUAACAGCGACGACAGGAGGAGGUCGGGGUCGAGAGCAGUGGCCCCCACAGUGCCCCAGGCCCACCAGCCCCAGGCCCAGCAGAGUGAGCCCACUGAGUGCCGGGGCUCCCAGUUUGGCUGUUGCUAUGACAAUGUGGCCUCAGCAGCAGGCCCUUUUGGGGAAGGCUGUGUGGGCCAGCCCAGCUACGCAUACCCCGUGGGGUGCCUGCUGCCCAGCGCCCUCGGCUCCUGCACAGACUGGGCCCCCCGCUGGUACUUCAUCGCCUCCGUGGGCCGGUGUAACCGCUUCUGGUAUGGUGGCUGCCACGGCAACGCCAACAACUUUGCCUCGGAGGAGGAGUGCAUGAGCAGCUGCCGGGGGGCUCAACCCGCGCCCCGCCAUCCCGAGCCCGGGGCAGCUGGCCAGAGCGCCCACAGAGCUGGUGGUGGCAGCAGUCCGGGAGGCCAGCGGGAGGCCGGCCAGCACCGGCCCGGGGCCGGGCACCACCCCCAGACCUCAGAACGGCCCUGGGGCCCGGAGCUGGGGUCCAGCACCCCUGGCCUGGGCGGAGACGCUGGGCGGCCAGCACCACCCGCCCACAGCUCCUCCUCCAGGGUGAGCCUGGCCGGCGCGGAGCCCUUUCUGGUGCAGGCGCCCCUGGGGCGGGUGGUGCGGCUCUCCUGCCCGGGUGUCGCCUCCAUGGACACCCCUACCAGGUGGCAGAAGGACGGGCAGCCCCUCUCCUCUGACAGACACAGGCCGCAGCCUGAUGGCUCCCUGGUCAUCAGCCCCCUGAGGGCAGAGGACGCUGGCACCUACAGCUGUGGCGCCAGGCCAGGCCGCGACUCUCUGAAGAUCCAGCUUCGCAUCACAGGGGAUGACACGACCGUGCCAAGGCACUUCCCUCAGACCAGGGACCCCGCCCCGGGCCACCGUCCUCAGGACUCCAGCCUAGGGAGGGAUGCUGGGGGCCUGGGGGCCAUCUCCUCUCCUCACCCACGGCCCUCGACCAGGCUACGCCUGGACCAGAGCCAGCCUGGAGUGGUGGACGCCCAUCCCGGCCAGCGGAUCCGGCUGACCUGUCGCACUGAGGGCUUCCCACCCCCAACCAUCGAAUGGCAGAGAGACGGGCAGACCCUCUCUUCUCCCAGACACCAGCAGCUGCCUGAUGGCUCUCUGGUCAUCAGCCAAGUGGCCGUGGAAGAUGGUGGCUUCUACGCCUGUGUCGCCUUCAAUGGGCAGGACCGAGACCAGCGAUGGGUCCAGCUCAGAGUUCUGGGGGAGCUGACCAUCACGGGGCUGCCCUCUACGGUGACAGUGCCGGAAGGUGACACGGCCAGGCUGCUGUGUGUGGUGGCAGGAGAAAGUGUGAACAUCAGAUGGUCCCGGAACGGGCUGCCGAUACGGGCCGAUGGCCACCGUGUCCACCAGUCUCCAGAUGGUACUUUGCUGAUCCACAACCUGCGGGCCGGGGACCAGGGCUCCUACACGUGCAGCACCUACCGUGGCAGCCAGGCAGUCAGCCGCAGCACUGAGGUGAAGGUGGGCCCACCAGCACUGGCCGCCCAGCCGAGGGACCCCGGCAGGGAUUGCAUGGAUCAGCCGGAGCUGGCCAACUGUGAGCUCAUCCUGCAGGCCCAGCUCUGUGGCAAUGAGUAUUACUCCAGCUUCUGCUGUGCCAGCUGUUCCCGUGCCCAGCCUCAUGCGCAGCCAGUCUGGCAGCAGGGAUGAAGGCUGGCUCCAGCCCCAGUUCUGAAACAACUCGUAGGGCUGGGGAGAAAGGCAGGGAGACUCUCACUCUCCCCUUUGUGGCUGCCAAGGGAGUUAUCUUCUAGAGACACUGCUCCCCACCCUAUCCCACCCACCCAGCGUUUAGCCUCAGCAGAGGCCAGGUCAGCAUCUCUGACACAACGGAAAGAAACCUGUUUGGAUUAGGAUAUGCUUUGCUUUACAACUUCCCUCUAUAAUUUCUAGUACACAGGAGCAGUUCACUGUGUUUUAAAAUGAGCUACCAGGUUCUCGCUUCAUGUGAAGCUGGAUAGGGAGGUGCAUAACUAUUUUAGUUAACACCUACCUAACUCCCGCUGUGACAGGGAAGGAUGCUUUGCUAGAACUAGAUCUCAUCUGGGGUCAAACAGUGGCCUGUGCUCUAGUCCCUCUCUCAACCUUCCAGGUAGUAAGUAGCAACCAGCUUCAAGCCCAUCUGUGCAUAUGGUUAACAGCAUAACACUGGUGAAAGCUCUCAGGAAAGUGAACUAUGAGGUAAGGCUCACCUAGGGAUUUAGUAUGAAAGGGUGGCAGCUGCAUUAUUAUCUGAGCAUGCAGGAACUGGAAAAGCUGCUUACUUCCAUCGGGAAGCCUGAGCCGGAAGCCCUCUUCCUGAGGCCAACAGGAAGGGCUGGCUGUGAGGACCGCCUCACACCAGUAUGGAGCUGAUCGACGGGCCUGCUCUGUACCGCGACCAACAAGGAGACACUCCUUCUCGAGUAGGAAUCUGUGAAUCAAAGUGUUUGCUGCCAGAUAAAAGCCAGUCUAUUAUUAAAAACAGCAGCCUGGCCAGUGUGGCCCCAUGGUUGAGCAUCAACCCAUGAACUAGGAGGUCAAGGCUCGAUUCCCGGU